ACAGUGAGAAGAAAAAAACUUUGCAGCGCCCGCUGUGCUGUUCGUCCACGCACGCGCAGGCGGCCGCGACGGCAUCGACUUCCUGAACAAUCUGGCGGCGCGCGGCGGUCGCGGCUCCCGAGACCACGAGGCGAGAAGCGCAAGGGAGGAGGCCACCUCUCGAGGGAGAUGCAGCGGGGGACCUCGCCGCCUGCGGCGGAGGCGUGGACGUGGGAGAACGCCGCGGCCGGAGCGGCCGCCGGGUUCGCCACCGUCGCGGCCCUCCACCCGCUCGACGUCGUCCGCACCCGCUUCCAAGUGAGCGGCGGGAGGGGUUGGUCCGAGGUGCCGCCGUACAGGAACACCGCGCACGCCGUGUACACCAUCACGCGAUCUGAGGGUCUGAGAGGACUUUAUGCAGGCUUUUAUCCUGCAGUUCUUGGAUCAACUGUAUCCUGGGGGCUAUAUUUCUUUUUUUAUAACAGAGCUAAACAAAGAUACUUACAGAAGAAGGAUGACCAGCUUCAUCCAGUCCAACAUCUCAUCUCAGCUGCAGAAGCAGGUGCUUUGGUGUCCUUGUUUACAAAUCCCAUAUGGCUGGUGAAGACAAGACUGCAACUACAAACACCUAAAAAUCAUACUUCAGGAUACUCUGGUUUUUCUGAUGCUUUGAGAACUAUUCUAAAAGAGGAGGGGUUUCUUGCACUUUAUAGAGGAAUUGGUCCUGGGCUUUUGCUGGUUACCCAUGGUGCGAUACAGUUCACGGCCUACGAGGAACUUCGCAAAGCUAUGAUAUCUAUGAAAACUACACAAACAAGGACAGAAAAUAGAGGAGGCGAGGAGUCAUUGAAUUCUAUCGACUUCGCGGCACUAGGAGCUGGUUCAAAAGUAGCUGCUAUUUUACUUACCUAUCCUUAUCAGGUCAUCCGAGCCCGCUUGCAGCAACGGCCUGGGAGUGAUGGUACUCCAAAGUACUCGAAUAGCUGGCAUGUAGUGAAGGAAACUGCAAAGUAUGAAGGUGUCCGUGGAUUUUACAGGGGCAUCACGUCCAACCUACUGAAAAACCUUCCUGCGGCUUCCCUCACGUUUGUGGUGUAUGAAAAUGUAGUCAAACUAUUCAAAGCAGCCAAGGAGAAGACGUAGGGAAUCCAAGUUAAACAGAGAAGGGAAGAAAAAGAAUACUGAGAUUGUUGUAACACUCCCGAAUUCAUGGUGAUACCAUAUAGUUUCCACUUCAGGGCCGAGUCCAUAUCUCGGUCGUUUAGCAUCCAGACUACAGAUGUGCAGCAGUAGAGGUUGUGGGCAUUGUGUCUAACAUGAUAAGUGGAAAAUUUUGUUUCGAGGAAUUUGCAUUUUGUCGAGGAAAAGGAGCAUUUUCUGUUU